AUGUGGCAUCCGAUCUCGUGGACACCACGUGCCCAGUGGUCACCCAAGCACUCAAAGCUGGUCACUGUCUAUGUGCUGGUGCUCUUGGUAUCACUCAGCUUUGCUUCAGGACAGAGCAGGCCAUUUAAACAUCAGAUAGACAACAGAAGUCCCGAGAUCGAUCCUUUUUGGUAUGUGGGCCGUGGCGUUCGCCCCAUCGGUCGGUUCGGGAAGAGGCAGCUGAGAAGCAGCCGUGGCAGCCUGAGGCCUGUGAGCCGGCACCUGGAUUUCAUCUUGAAUGCUUUGUGGGAGCAAAAAGUGUCGGGCACAGAAGACAAUGACUGGUGA